AUGGCUGAAAAGUUGUUAAUAAGAGCACUGAAGGGUGGUAAAAGCACUAAAAUUGUUACCUUAAAUGGAAAGAACAUGACAAAGAUGCCCUCAAUGUUAGAAAAACUGCCUGGCUUGAAGACUCUACACCUUCAGAAUAACCGAAUCCCCAAAGUGUGCCCAGAGAUAAGCACCUUGACCCAGUUGACAGCACUAAAUCUGGGAAACAACCUUUUGGAAGAAGUUCCAGAAGAGAUGAAAUACCUUACAUCCUUGAAGAAGCUCCAUUUAUUUGGAAAUAAGAUUCAUAGAUUUGCAUCUGGAGUAUGUGAUGGCUUACAAAAUUUGAUCCUGCUUAAUCUGAACAACAAUCAGCUUACAUGGAUUCCUCAAGAAAUCAGCAGAUUAAAAAGCCUUACAUAUCUGAGUAUAAAUCAUAACCAGCUAGCCAGCAUUCCUAGAGAACUUUGUUUCCUUAAGAAUCUUUCUGAACUUCAACUUAACUACAAUCAGCUCAUUUGUAUACCCAAAGAGAUUAAUUUCUUGAAGAAGCUCCAGAAACUUCUUCUGGUCAGGAACAACAUUGAAUCUUUGCCAGAGGAACUUUGUGAUCUUUUCAACCUAAGAAUCCUAGACAUAGCUGGAAAUGUUAUUCAGAUAUUUCCACCAGGAUUUCAAUACCUGAAGCUGAGGGAGUUCUACUGUGAGGGAAACCCACUGUUCCUGAAGCAGCCAGUUAAUGCUGUAAAACAUGAGGACAUCUGGAGUCUACAGGAAAUAACAUCAAGAUUUAUAAUGAAUCAGCUAGCAGAAAAGGAUCCUUUCCUAAUGCAAGCCAUAGAAUGGUACCCACAGGUCAGGAACAUAAUCUCGCAGGGAAGAAAAUGUGCAAUAUGUGGAAAGUCCUUUUUAACCACAUGGCUGGAAUGUGUUGAGUUUUUUCCUCCAUCAAAGAACUGGAAAAUAAGCAGAAAUCUACAGCUGGUACCACUUCAAAUAUUAAUUUGUUCUUACAAAUGUUUUAAUCAACGUGACCCUAAUGUCUUUGGAAUUGCUCAAGUGUAG